AUGAAUUUCUUACAAAACGACGUAACAUAUCAUCAGAUCGAUUUCAUUGUGUAUUUGAAAUGCUUACGGCCAUACCACGUUGAAUACACCAGUUCUCGUCCGAUCACUGAAGUUAAGCAACGUCGGGCUCGGUUAGUACUUGGAUGGGUGACCGCCUGGGAAUACCGAGUGUCCCCGGAACAAUCGUGCCGUUUAAGCCUUCUCAUAAUAACAAAAAACAAUAACAACAACAACAACAAGAACAGUUUCUCAGUCGGCAAAAUACCACGUUCACUUAAUUAUUCGCGUGACGAAAUCGAAGCGCUGUUCAAGCGCGAAGGUCUCGAUCAACGAUUUCGUUUAAGUUCAACACAUGAUCGAAAAACUGGCUCCACAUGUCAAGUUUAUUAUGCUCAUGAUCUCUCGCAGCCUGAUGAACGACUUGUCGCUCUGAAAAUUAUUCGUGCUGAUUUUAUCGACAGUUUUGUUUCACUUGAUGACUUACGGAAUUUGCAACGAACAAAAGAUUACUUUUACAAACCGAAGAAUGUUAUUUAUAAUCGUCGUUUACAUAAUUUCGAUCAAUAUAUCCCUAUCGAACAGUAUAUAGGUGAACUUGGACGUCUCUGUCCUCAUUUACCAAUAUCAAGAUGUGUGGAAAAUGGUUCAAAACGUUUGAAAACAUGUAAUGGAUACCUAAUUGCUUUUGAAUAUGUUUACGGACGUACCGUGUGGGAAAAUCUAGUUCGAACAGAUUUUACCUAUUUGAAUGAAGAUGAAGCGCGUAUUUUCGUACGCUUAUUCAUCCAAAAUCUUUUCAUCUUACUACAGCAUCACAUUAUUCACUGUGAUUUAAAUGGUUGUCAAAAUUAUUACUAUCGAUUAUAUGAUGAAAUAAGAGCACCUCCAUUGAGAUAUAAACAUUGGUCGUCAUCUAGUGAAGAUGGCGAGGAUGGCUAUUCAAGUAUGAGUGGAGAUAGUCGACAAUCAUCUUUGGAUGAUUUAACAUCGGUAUCAUCUUCAUCACCAUUGGUAUUUAUUGACUUUGGUUGGUCAAUAUGUACAGCUGAUCCAGAUGAUGAUCAUCAUGAAGUUCUACUUCAGACACUUCAAAGUCUAUUCGAACGUACACCACGUAUUAUUCAAUUAUUCGGCGGUACAAAUUAUUGGAAUUUUCGACGAGCAGUUGAAAAUCGUACGAUGGGUCUCAAACAAUUACUUGAUCAUCCAUGGUUGAAAACAGAUGACGAUGAGCGUGAAACGGUCUAG